CCGGCCCGGCCCUCCCGGCGCCCGCCCAUCGCUUUCUCUUUCGCUUCCCCGCUCCGGCAGCCGGGGUGCCCGGGGACAGCCGCCUCGCCGGGGGCCGGCACAGCGACGGCCAUGGACGCGGGACGGGCAGCUAAAUCAGCAAGGACAGUUGUCAUCUCUGGUGUUCCAGAUGGCAUUCUGAAGGAUGAUGUCAUGAGUGACAUACUGGUGAUUCAUUUCCAAAAGUCAAAGAAUAAUGGUGGAGAUGUGGAGGACAUAAUGUAUCCAACAAAGGAAAAAGGAGUUGCAUAUGUAACUUUUGAAGAUCAAGAAGUUGCAGAGAGUGUUCUAAAGAAGAAUGAGCAUCGACUAGAAGACAAGAGACUGUCCAGAUACUAUCCUUUGAAAGUAACUCCUUACUGCAAAAACGUCUUCAGCUCUGUCACAUCUGUCGUCAAUAUGUCUGUUUUCAAAGAUCGAUAUGUUUUAGAAGAUCUGAUACAAGAAAUUAAAAAGAAGAACACAGCUUUGAGCUUUGGCCCUCUGCAAUCCAAUGGACAUAUUUCUGUUCAAGGGUCAUUUCCAGCAAUUGAAUUGCUAAGAGAUUUCCUUUUACUAAAAGCAAAAUCCCUUUCAGAGGACAAAAAUGAAGAAAGUAAGUCCUAUCAGAGACGGAAGAAGCAGCAGCAGCAGUGCAGACUUACCACAAAUACAAAUAAUUUUGUUCACGAUGCAGAAGGGGAAAAGCAAGUGGUUGUUCUUGACACAGAUACAUAUCUCUAUAUGAGGAACUUUCUUCCCAAGAAACUCCUAGCGAAUACUGACGUUGUAAUUUCUGACAUCACUGAUGGUGAUAUAACUACACUAUAUCUUCAGAAAGUUAGAAGUAGGCCUGAUGCUGGACAGGUAUUAGCAUUCAAAGAGGAAAUUGAACGUCAAUCUCUAAAACUUCAUAACACUUUAUGUAAAGAAAGGAUAUACCUUGAGGGGUACAUCAGAGAUGAAAAGCUGAAAUACAAAUCGGUGUGUGAAACUCUAAAAUCCUACUACCCUUCUGUUUUGGUUGUUCCUUAUGCUACUCACAUUGAUGUGAUAGGAAAUUCUUCUGAGGUUUUUGAAUUUACAAGGGAAGUGAACAAAGAGGUUCAGAGCCUGUUUCAACACAGGUAGAAAGAUAGCAUUCAUGUUAUUCUACACAUUGUGCUUCUAAUAAACUGUACUGUUGCAGCCUGUGCACCUCAGUGUCCCUUCAGAUUUGCCUCAUUUCUCUCAUGCACAGCCUGGGAAGUCUGCAUACGAAGGUGAAAAAGCCCAUUCCUCCCAAUAAAUAAAGUUCAGAACCGGAAAAAAAAAGGUUCUUCAUAUCAGUGAGGCCUCUUCUGUCCAGAUUUUGCCUUUAGUUUCCUGCAUUCUGGGCACAUGUAAUGCUCAUUGUGUCUUGCUGUCAGGGAGUAUGUGAUGAGAAAAGAAUUUUUGCGGAUUUCUCAUUCACAUAGGAGGACAGAAAUACAAAGCUGGGUGGACCAAGCAGGUAUGAAAGACUGCUGAAGUUUAGGUAUGUCUCUUCGGGCAAAGAGAUGACCACUGAAAACAGGAGUGGUGGCCUGCUGCUGUUGCCUUUACAGAAGAAAGUUCUCGUGAUUGAGAUGCAUGAAGAAGGUAGAGCUUUGAUACUUGAGGAGAUGGAAUGCUUAUUAAAUUUGCAGCUUGCCAUGCCAUGAAAAGGGCCUUAGAAGUUGGCACUAUAAGUUUUUGAGAGAAGAAAAUAAGUGUGUUUGUAUUCAUAGGAGCGAUAACAGUUCUUUUCCCACCUGUAACAGCUCCUGCAGCAUCCCUUGACAGCAUCUUUUUUAGACGUGGAAGUAUAUUCAUAAUUUCAAUGUGAAAAUCUUAGAGCAUUUAGACUUUUGAAUGAAAUUGUGUUUAUACAAUUCUUAUGCCUGAUGCGGGAGUAGAAUAGUCUUUCAGAUCCAGAUCAUCUUCUGUUGUAGAUAAACCAAAUGAGCAGUCUUUUUUCGGUGCAAAACUGAUCAGUCGGCAGCGAAACUAGUUGCUGUAAUUGAGAUCAGAAGCACCCUUAUGCCUUUUUAAUACUUUCCAGUUCUGUUUUCCAGAGCAGUGUCAGAGGUUCAGGCAGUGAGGUUUCUGCCACCUUGAGUAAGGAUGGAACAAUCUAAUGUAGCCUAAAUUUCACUUUUGUGUACAAAAAUGAACUGUACAAAUGCACAGAGAUAAUUGUUUUGAUAGGUCUGGAUAUGUAUACAGCUAAAAAAACACUCAUGUGAAUUGUUUAGACUUGGAAGAGCUAUCAGAAUGAUACAUGUUUAUUCCUGUCUUGUCUGUAACUUUCAUUUCUAGUGUUAAAUGCUUAGAGUUAAAACUGAAUGAUUACUACAGAGUUCUGUCUCAUUCACUGAAAUUAGGGAUCAAGCCAGUCCAUAGGAAUGUGACAGUUUUUUUUUUUUUUUUUUUUUUUUUUUUGUUAAACUUUUAAGAUAUUGGACCCAUUAUAAGGGUUCAAAUGCCCAUCCUAAUUUAUUAUUUUGUUUUGUAAAACCAAUUUAGGAAAAAUGUUGAUUUUGUGAAAUCAGAAUGUUCAGAAAUACUUUGUGAAAACAUACAGAGCGUUGGCUGUUUUGCCUUACAUGCAGAGUUUUAUGAAAUUAAAUUAUGAACUCAAUAAAGAAGCAAGUUAUU